CGGGUUCAUGGGAUGGGAAAGGCGGUUGAUAUGAUAAUACAUUAAGUAAAUAAACAACAUUCAGCGGCAUCUGAAGCCGGAGACAAGACACCAUCAUAACGGUGUAUGUUUUGUAUAUAAUAAUAAUAAUUUCUCUUGCCGUGUCAGAAACGGAUCAACCUAAAGCACGGAGGGAUUGUCAGUCAGGAAUCAUAAUAUUCGUAAUAAUCAUAACAACCAUAUAACUAAAUGUUAGCCUCAAGGGGGUGUCAUCUGCGCUGACGACGUGAUUGAUUGCUUCGGCCUUGUUUUUGUUUUGUUUUCUUUUUUUUUUCGUAAAUGUCUUGACUUCGAUCUGCUCACCCGCUCUCCUCGUUCCUCUCUCUCUCAUGGCCCUUUACCGUUUAUUAGUUAAACAGCCGCCUUCCCGUGUCUCUGCUGCAGCUGGGCUAACUAGUUCUCAUUCUUUAUUAUUCGCUGGUUUCUGGUUUGUUGCUGGGAACCUUUUUGACUGGCGGCGCAUUUGAAAAUAUAUUGGUAUUUUUGGCCUCGUAUUGGGGCGUAAAUAUUUCAGACAAACAGACCAGGGAAGAACAAAAAAGAGGAACAAAGAAAGGAACAGAAGAGGAGAAGAAGCAAAAAGAUUUCUCUCUGUGAAAGACGAGAGAUAUCCAGCUCAUUUAUAUAACUAACUAUAUUGUCUUGGGUGACCUGCAGCAGAUUUUAUGAAGUUAUUAAUAAAAUAAUUCUCCAAAAUUCUUCGUUUGCUCGCAUCCAACUCGCCCAACUCAAAACCCACUGGCAUUUCUCUCCGCCUCACUUCUCACGCCCUCGCCGUUGAGUCGUCUCUGCCCCGCCUCACCGACUCUUCCUUGCGCUCCUCUUGAUCCUCUUGGGCAUCGACACUUGUUCUCCCAGACCCCGCCCUGUCUGCGGUCUUGUCUGUCUCUGCUCUGGCGGGCCCCGUCCUGCUGCUUCCACGACACCAUGGUCUCGUUUCAAUGCGAGGCUUGCGGCGACGUCUUCACCAAGAAGAAGACCGAUCCCCACCGUAAUCAGUGUCGCGGCGCGCGUUUCUCCUGUCUCGAUUGUUCAGUCGAAUUCCCCGGAACCUCUUAUCGAGGCCAUACGUCAUGCAUAUCAGAAGCACAGAAAUACCAGGGUGCCCUCUACAAGGAGAAGCCAAACAAAUCCAAGAAAUUCAAGUCCGUGACAAUAGUUGAACCCCCGAAUUCCUCCAAUUCUCCUCGGCCCCCUGACCCUUGGGUAGAAGAUGCUCCAGAUGUUGACGAGAUUAGACCUGCCCAUAAUGCUUCCCCUCCGGCCGCUCCUAGCCCUCAACAGGCUGCUCCUCGCCAGGAACCUGGAAAGGUUUCGACCCCUGCCACUACAACCAAGCCUAAUGCCCAGGUGAAUGUGUUUGAUUUUCUCGACACGACAACCACCCCGAAUGCCUCAAAAGUCUCCCUAGGAGGAUCCGACGCGCCAAUGGUUAUGCUAAAGGAUGCACCCCCGCUCUUCAAUGCGCCCAAGGAGCUUGCAAAGAUCGAUAAUGGAAAGGAUGAUGAGGUAAAUUACGAUGUGGCAUUUGAAGAGAAUGGCUUCUCCUAUGGCGCAGACACCCUAGAGACACCACUAUACCAAAACGGAGGUGCAAAUGGAUCCACCGCGUCUUUCAACAAUUUCACGACCCCAGCACCAAAACGGAAUAAGGAUCGGUCAUCCCGUCGGGAUAGAGAUCAGCAUCGGGAUCAGAAUCGGGAUCAGGACCGCCCAGCUUCCCCGGAUCGGUUCCAUACUCCUCUUAACAACCCGACUAGUACAGGUGACAAGAAGCGUAAACGCGGCCAUGUUGGAAAAGUCGAUGGCCAGAUGGCCAAUUCGGCCUCCACUGGCGGUGAUGAUAUCCAAAUGAUCGACGCUCCCCCCCCAUCAAGUGCUAUUGCUAACCCAUCAACCCCAACGCUGGCCCACUCAGGCCUUACUGGUGGCAUCAACCGCAUGAUGAGAGAUAUCUCCCCACCAACACCAGACGCAGCCUACCGCAGCGCCGACGAGGGCUUCAAUAAUGACGGACGCCACCAAUACCCCAACCCAACUUCCCCCAUAAAACGCACCCGCAUGGCAGAUAACGAUGCCUCCGGCAACCACAACCACAAGAACACUAACAAUCAUAAUGAUAAGGACACUAACGACGAAUCUACCACGGACGAACAGGACAAGGCCCUCGUCCUCGCUAUCCAGGAACGUACAGAUCGGAUCAUGGACCUCCUCGCCCGCAACCCCCGCAAGGGGCCCGUCUUCACGGAUCCUACACGUAAACCUUUCCCGCUCUGGCCUAUUACGAGUAAGGACGGCAAGGGCGCCAGCCUUGCCGAAGCCAUCAUUCCGCCCCGCGAGAAGAAGAGGAAGGCGGUGACGAAGAGGAGUGGCACGGCUACGGCUGCUGGUGCUGGUGUUAGCAAGGCCACCCGUGCGGCUACGAGCGCUCGUGCUAGUUCCAGUACGAGUAAGAAGGCCGAUGCUGCCGCCGCCGCCGCCGCUACGGCCCCGCGCCGUCUCAAGACCAUCGAAUAUCGCGCCGACAUCGCUAAUGGGAAUUCUGCAAAUAAUAAUAACACCACCACCGCCGCCGCCACUAGCAACCAGCUCGUCGUCUACGGUAGCGGCAGUAGUAGUCGCCGAGGAGAGUACGAGGACGCGGAGGUGGAGGCGGCGGAGCGCGAGCUCGUGCUGCGCGAGCAGGCGAGCGUGUUUUUAUCGCUUGUGACGAAGGGGCCGGAGUCUGGGAGGGGGUUCUCGGUUCAUAAGGCGUUGAAGAGGUUUCAUCGUGAAGGGGGGAUGUGGGGGAGUUCACAGGGAGAUGGGGAGAGGGAGAGGGAUGGUGCGAGGGGGAAGGGGAAGGGGAAGGAGAAGGAGAAGGAGAAGGAGAAGGAGAAGGAAAAGGAAAAGGAAAAGGAAAAGGAUAUGGAGAGAGGGAGAGGCAGGGGGAGGGGGAGGGGGAGGGGGAAGGAGGGGCGGGAGAGUAGGGAGCGCGAAAGGGAGAGGGUGAAGGAGAGGGAGCGAGAGCGGAGGAUUGAGGUGGAGAAGGAGUUGUGGAGGGUGUUGAGGCUGAAGAGGAAUGAGAGGGGGGAGAUAGUUGUGUUUGUUUAAGUUAUUCAAUUUUUUUUGGAGUUAUGCAUUUCUUCCUUCGUUAUCCAUCUAUCAUCUCCAUCUACUUGUUCGUGUUUUUUCAUUUCACAAGACUCAUUUCUUAUUUAUUUAUUCCACUACUAUCCCCCGCCGUCAUCUUUCUUAUAUAUUUCACUUUUUCCCACUUUUUGAGAUUUUUUUCUCUUGCAUUUCAUUCAGCUUUUGACACCUUUCCCAGCCGGACUGGCAAGUGGCUGCUGCUUGGACGAUUAGGAUUUGGAAAUAAUUUCAGGGAUCAUAAAAUCAUGGAUAAUGAUCAUUAUUGAUGGGUCUGGUGAUUCAUGUGCAUUUUUAGUUUUGUUUCCCUUGCUUUUUGGGUCGAUAUAUCAAAUUUUCCUUAUUUAUUUACAUUGCUUAACUACCCCCUCUCUAUCUACUUCUAGGCUUGUUUUGGUUUUGAUUUCUUUUGAAUGUCCGCUUCUUCCUUGGUGAUUUCAUACAUAAUAUCUAUGCUCCGUACCGCGCUAGAAAAUGUCUUUGUCUUGGCUUUGCAGGGCUAAAAUGAUUCGUAAUGAGGAAGUGAUAAUGAUGGAGAAAUUUUCUUUUUCUAGGUAAUUGAAUUUUUUUUUUUUUUUAAAAAAAAAAA